CUGUAUAUUACCAAUCAGCCACAACCCUCGGUCGGCGAUUGGUGUAUUGAAGCGGCCCAAACGACCUCAAGACCCUCUGCUCAAGGCUCAAAAUCAUCUCCCCAAAUGGCUCAACGCGUCACCCUCCGUAAACGUCAACCCUACAACACCACCUCAAGCCGCAGACGCAUCGUAAAGACGCCAGGUGGAAAACUCGUAUACCACCACCUCAAGAAACUUGCCACUCAGCCUAAAUGCGGUGAUUGCGGUAUUGGUCUUCCUGGUGUCCCUGCUCUCCGCCCCCGCCAAUACGCAACGAUCUCAAAGCGCCAGAAGACAGUGUGCAGGGCUUAUGGUGGUUCGCGAUGCGGAGACUGUGUCAAGUCGCGCAUUCUACGAGCAUUCCUUGUCGAGGAGGCAAAGAUAGUCAAGAAGGUCAUCAAAAGCCAACAGAAGGCAGGAGGCCGCAAGUAAAUACUUUGGCCCCUUUGGAGUGGUCGUUUUAUGGCUAUUGAUAUUCAUGCAUUUUCACUUCGUCUAUCGCAUCUAUGUAGAACCGGCGCACCAAAAUUCAGACCGAGGAGGUCAGUAUGCAGUUCUUAAUGCUCAGUGUGGUGUAAGUCUUAGGCACAGUC